CCCCCCUGACACAGAACUCUGUCCCCACAGAGCUGCUACCACCAUGUGGAAGAGCAUCAUGUGCUCGUGCAGGGCUGCAGAGCCGGCCAUGCUGAUACUUCUGGAUGUGCUGGGCACCUGGCCAGAGCUCAGCAUGUGCACCUCCGACGGGGACCACACGGCUGUCCUUGCCCUGGCUGCAACUGUGGUGAUAUGGAAGAUGCUCCAGCUGCCCUGUGUCCCACAUGCAGUGACAGUGUAUUUCCCCCGUCUCUUGGUGCAUCUGCUCUUGCAAGUGCUCUUCAGCACAUUGGAUAUGCCAGAGAAGGUCGAUACUUUCUGGAAGAGAUGCCAGCAGCAACACGGCCUUGCCAUCAGCCCCAACAGGUUUGCAGUGCAGACCCUGAAGGCCCUGCUCUGCCGACUGCACUAUGAGGAUGUGGUGGCAGCAGUGGAAGACGAGUGUGGCUGGGACACGCUGCUGUGUGCUGGCACGCACCACUGUGCUGUGGGUGUGCUGGCCAGAGCAAUGCGUCACGUGUCCCUACCCUUGUGUUCUGCGAUUGCAUUCUACCUGCUCGGGCUGCUCAGCAAAGACACGGCACACGGGGAUUUGGCCGCCAUGGCGUUCCUUGUGGAGAUGUUGGAGUGCCUGGACUCGAGUGAAUACCGUGACAGCGUCCUGGAGAUCGCAUCAAACAAACUGCAGAGCGAGUGCAGGGAGAGGCGUCGCUUGGCACUCAGAGGCCUUGUGGUGCUCGGCAAGAAUUCCUCCAUGGCCAAAAGAAUGUGGGGCCUGCAUGAAAGGCUCGUGGAGCUCCUGGGGGAAAAUGACAGCCAUGUGCUUGGGAUGAGCAUCGCUCUCCUCAGCCGUUUGUUCCUGUACAAUGGUGGCCCGAUAACCAUCCCCCUCGGCCUGCAGCUGGCUGAGGCGCUCCUGCCGCUCUUUGACAAUGACGAUAGCCAGGUGCAGCUGUGCUCCAUGUUCAUCUUUCGAGAGAUGAUGGAUUUUCUACCAAAGGAGGGAAAAAAGGCCUUGAAGUCCCACGUGCAGCAGAGCCUGCUCCCACUCUCCUUGCACUGCCAUGACGAGAACCAGCGCGUGGUUGAUGCCUCCCGGGAAACGCUGCUCUGUUCCGCCCGAUUCCUGAAGAGGAAGGAUCUCCAGCAGAUGCUGCGGGUGGAUCAGACCUGGAGGUUCGGCGAGGGCCUGGUAAGGGCGGGCUGGAAGCCCCAGCCCCAGGCUGGAGAAGCUCAGUGUGUGCGGCUGGCAGCUGUGCCCUGCCCAGUGCCGCACCCAGGGCCGCCAGCCUGUGCCCCACACGCUGCUCCCUUCCCUGGGCCCCGCGGGCUCUACUCCAGCCCCCUGUGGCCCCGAGCCGUGUGCCCAUGGAGCCCCGGCACCGCUGGUCUGUCGG